GUGGAUCGGACGAGGACGGUGUGUCGGCGUUGUUCGAUAGCAGUGCGGUAUGCUAAUGCUCUCCGUGAAAUGCAGGUCCAGUUACCUGCCUCACCACAAGCUAGUGCAUGAUGUUUCCACAAGGUGGAACAGUUCCCUGGACAUGUUGGAGCGUUUUUGGGAACAGCAGCCUGCUGUGUUGAACACCCUGCUGUCAAAGAAGAUAAGGAGGGGAGAAGCGAUGGCCAGCCUGACAGAGGAUGACAUGACAUUAAUCCCAGAGGUCAUCAAAUUGAUGUCCCCCCUGAAAGUAGCAACUACACUCCCCAGUGAGGAAAAAAACCCCACCAUCUCAAUGAUCUCCCCAAUCCAGACCAAACUGCGGAGGCAGUUCCAGUCAGAUGAGAGCGAUCAUAUGGUCAUUUCCCAGAUGAAGGAGCGAUUCAGACUGGACUUUGAUGGUCGCUACACAUAUCUCCAAGACCUCCUCCACUACGCCUCAGCACUGGAUCCCCGCUUCAAAGACCUGUCUUUCCUGGAUGACAAUGAAACUAAGGACAUGAUAUUCAUGAGGAUAACAGCAGAGGUGGUGAAGAUGGAUGGACAGGCAGGGCAUGGUGAUACACGUAAUGAGGACCAGGCAGCUGAAACAGAAGGUGACGGGAGCCCCCACAGAGAGGAAGAAGAGACAGAUCAGGGGUGCCCAACCUUUUUUGAACCGAGAGCUACUUUUAAAGUUGCCAGUCUGCCGAGAUCUACCAGUCCAAAUAGAGAGGCGUAGUUACUGACAGCCUACUACCAGACACAUCUCGCGAUCGACUGGGAAUCUCGGGCACCCCUGCCCUAGAUGAUGUCCCUCCCAUGAAGAAGACGGCCUUGGACCAGAUGUUCUGUGAUUUCCUCCCUGCAAGAUCACCAGUAAAGAAGACCACAAAGGAGAGAGCUAAGGAGGAAAUCUUAAAGUACAGAGAGAGGGAUGCUUUAGGUUUGAGUAGUGAUGUGUUGCAGUGGUGGAAAAAACAAGUGGAUCUUCUACUGCUCUCAACAUUGGCAAAGAGCUACCUGUCCAUCCCUGCAACAAGUGUACCCUCUGAACGAGUGUUUAGUACAGCCGGUGACAUAGUGACAGCAAAGCGCAGCUUGCUUCAUCCUGAUCAUGUUGAUCAACAUAUAUUCCUUAAGAAAAACCUGCAAGCUACACAUAUUAGUUAAGCUCAGUGAGGUGUUAUGUCAGUGAGUGGUUUUUAUUUUUACAGCAGCCUGUGACAAUAAUAGUUGAAAUGUUAUUAAGACCUAUUUUUUUAAAAGGUUAUUUGUAUUCUUUAUAUGUUCAUAAAAGAAACCGCUGCUUUCUGCUCACUGGUGAGUUAGCCUACUGAAUGAGUGUUAUGUACAUCAGUCUGGCAGUUGUAUGGCCAUUGCUAUAUGGUAAUUGUUUUUUGCACAUUGUUAAUGCUGGUCAAUAAGGAAUAAAACAAAAUCCUCUGUCG